CCAGGCCUCAGGCCGUUGUGUGUCACUUGCCUGCCACCCGCUACCCGCCACCAUGCGCUGUCUCAUCAUUCUGGCCCUGGCCCUGCUGGCCCUGGAGGCUGUCCUCGCUCAAGAUUCAUACCUCCUCUUGUCAGAGCAGGCCCUGUGCUCCGACAUCAGCUCCUCGGAGGAGGAGAUGGCCUGCCUCAAAUCCUGCAACACCAACGAGAACUGCCAGGGUGACACCAAGUGCUGCCUCAGCGCCUGCGGUUUCUCCUGCAAAACCCCAAUUAAUGUCCCGAAGGCUGGUCGCUGCCCCUGGGUGCCCGCCCACAUAAGCCCCAACUCCUGCGAGGAGAAGGACUCCUGCUCCUGGGACGGCGAGUGUACCGGUGUCAUGAAGUGCUGCGAAGACCGGUGUGGCAUGACGUGCAUGACCCCCAUCCUAGAGAACCUCCUUCAGUGAGAAGCUGUCCCUGGAAGCCCCUCACUCGGCCGGGACCCACCCGCCCAAGUCUGCGGGCAAGAACCUCCUCUCUUGCAUCCAGAGAGCACAUAAGCUUCCUACCUGCUGCUAAUAAAAAUUUA